AUGGAUCUGGAGGUUACGCUCUUUGAUGGCGUGAACUACACCGCCUUUGGAUUGGGCAGUGGGGCUGUCAUAUCCGCGAAUGAUUCCAGCCAGUUGGUGCUGAACGAGGGAAACUCGGAUGCCACCUUCUUGACUGAGUUUGUCGGCUAUUACCUGACAAUUGAUGCCGGCACCGUGUCGGGGCCUUUCUCGCCUUUCUAG